GCGGCGCGGGGUCCGCUCCCGCGCGGGUUGGACUAGUGGGCGGAAUGUCCACGGCUGGUGACGGUGAGCGCGGUACUGUGGGACAAGAAGACUCUGCUGCUGCCCGCCCGUUCAGAUUCAGUCCGGAGCCCACGCUUGAGGACAUCCGACGCCUCCAUGCAGAGUUUGCAGCUGAGCGGGACUGGGAGCAGUUCCACCAGCCUCGGAACCUGCUGCUAGCCUUGGUGGGAGAAGUGGGCGAGCUGGCAGAACUCUUCCAGUGGAAGUCUGAUACAGAGCCUGGUCCUCAAGCAUGGCCACCAAAGGAGAGAGCAGCCCUUCAGGAGGAGCUUAGCGACGUCCUCAUCUACCUGGUAGCAUUAGCAGCCCGCUGCCAUGUGGAUUUACCUCAAGCAGUAAUCUCCAAAAUGGACACCAACCGCCAACGUUACCCAGUCCACCUGUCCCGAGGUUCUGCCUGCAAGUACACUGACUUGCCCCGUGGGACCAUCUCUGAAAACCAGGCUGUGGGGGCUGGAGACCCUGCCUCGGAGCUGAGAGACCAGGCUUCCACAUAAAAACGAGGUGCUAAUCUGGCCUUAUUAAGUCUGGGCCCAAGUGUUUUCUCUCUCAAUAAAAUGACUUAAGGCAAAAA